UUGGUAGGCGAAAGGGACUGAAGCAGAGAGCGGGCAAGCGAGAGAGAGAACUGCGGCACGAAGGGGAAAUCACUGGUUUUAGGUCUUGCUAGACGAUCCAGAGAAGAGGAGUUUUUGGGGAUUUUAGGGUUUCUUUUCUACUUCGUAUUAGAAGACUGACGGGGAUUUGGCGAGAAACCUGUUUGAAAUUGGGGAAAUCAAGGGGAAAAUCAGGGUUUGCUUAUUUGGUUUCAAAGGAUUUUUUGUCUGACUUUUCAGAUUUUUCAGGAAAAGGAAGCCGAUUACCAGAAAACCUUCAAAAGGAGUUUAGGCGCCAAUUUCAAAUCAAAACCUCAACUCCCGUUCCUUAACUGGUAUGGACCCAGAGGCUGCACGGACUGCUCGAGAAUCCCUAGAUUUGGCAUUUCACAUGUCGAACAUCCUUGACACGGGGCUUGAUCGCCACACCCUUUCAGUUCUGAUUGCUCUCUGUGACCUGGGUCUGAACCCAGAGGCAUUGGCUGCUCUUGUCAAGGAGCUUCGGAGAGAGCCAUCUUCCUCGGUGUCAUCAUCUGUUCCCUAAAUUGCUUCAUGGUAUCUUCUUCUAACCCAGAAAAAUUACAGACAGAAAGCUUCUGCUUUGUCCCUUAUCAGUUGUCUUCGUGAUAUGUAUGGUGUUUUUACCACUCUAAUCUUUAUGUCUCAGCAGCAUCACAGUACUCAAUAUGUUUAUGAACUGAUAUUCUUGUGAAUGAUCAUGAUCUAUGGAAGUAAUAUUCUUUUUUCUGGGUCUAA